UGACAUGCAAAAGACAAUCUUGUUUUCCAGGAUUCUACGACUCCAGCACCGACUGCGGAGAAAUAAUUGCUCGGUUUUCUCAUCUCAUCUGUGCCAAUCAACAAAUGUGCCAUCGUAACAAAGUGAAACAAAAUGUACAACAACUUUAAUACGAACCGAUGCAACAAUUGCUUCCGCGUAAACUGCACAAAACCGUCCACGAAAACGAAGAUAGUAUGCCCGCAUUGCAAGCUAAUCAAGUAUUGUAGCGUUGAGCAUCAGGUAUUCGAUUGGAAUAUACAUCAACCGUUCUGCCAAGCGGUUGCCUCUGUGAUGAAAGCGACCAACGCCGAACACAUACUCGGAUGUGCGGAAGCCAUCCUGGAUAAGCGCGUUGAUGAGCGUGACCGUAAGCGACAGUUGCAGCGGAAAAUUGACUGUGCGAUAUUCUUGGCGGGCAAGGUCCUAAAUCGUCCGUUGGAGUACCAUGAGCGUAUACUUCUACAACACCCGCUCUUGUGCAACGUUUGUCAGAAUGUGUCGUCAGGAAAGCUAAAGCUUUGCGGAGAUUGCCAUCAGGUUGCCUACUGCUCCCAAGAUCACCAGGAUCAGGAUCAACUCAAACAUUCCAAGUGGUGCAAAGAGUAUGCGCUCAAUUUUAUGUUGAACCACGUUGAACCAAAAAUGACUAACCUUACACACAUUCCCGAGCUGGACGACAUAUCGUUUCCAUGCGAUAACUAUAAGUUAGCCGGCGCUGUAACGGGCAGGGAACUUCGAAAACCAUCACCUGAUAUACCUGCCAUGAAUCAGCUGGAAGACCUGAAGUACGCCACGCACUUUUCCUGGGUAGGUACAAUCCUCUACCUGUUACAAACAACUGGCAUACCGGACCAGUUGGGAGACAAACUGGUCAUUUACAUUGUCGGCGCAUGCAAAGAGCCCAUUUAUUUUAAUCGUACAACUUGCGCCGCACUUUUUGCCUACUUACCGAAACUAGAAACGGUUAAAAUCUGCUUCAUCGGGCCUGAAUUACUAACCACCAAGAGUACCGUUUCCAUCAACUAUCACGGGGGUCAGAAGGUAGAGCAUAUGUACUAUAGAUCGCUAUACCACGAGCUACCGGGUAUCUUGGAACAUCCCCAGCUCAUAGUUGCAAUGAACUGUGGCUUUAACGAUAUCAACAAUGCAUCACAACACACCUGGCCACAGACAAUACGCUCCUUGUUGGGCAUUAAGAAUGUAACGUUUGCAUUCACCUCGUACACCUACGCGGAGGCGAUCGAUGACUGCACGAUUGUACUGGGCGAGGCGGAAAGGCUGUACGAGGAGGAGAAGUUUACGUUCGUCAAGCGAGCGGCCAUCAAUCCAUUCCGUGAUCUCCAACCGUUACGCAAUCCGGACAUCCUGGACGAAAAGGAUGAGCUGUACUACGAUAAUGGGUACCUGUCCAUUGCCAUUAGAAAAUAGUUCGGUGGCAACUGAAACGAAUUUUGAUACGAAUUUAUCACACGCAAUUUUAUCAGCAUUUUGUUUUACUUUUUAAAAGAAUUUUAAUAUAAGUCCAAAGUGAAACUUUUACCAGUAAGGAAUUCAGAAUUUUUGUAACAUCUUUUUUAAGAACUAUUUCCAACGUACAAAGCAUUUGAAAACA